UUUGUCCUCAAUUGCUCACCAAGAAAAUGACAUCAUCAAUAAAUACUAUAAUCCCUUCUCCACUUUAAAAUCCUCUUCUUCAUCAUGGUCAUCAUCAUCAUUCCUCCUUCCUCCAAAUUUUGUCUACCCAACUGAUCUUUCCCUCUCACCAACCAAAUAAUUGUGAACCACAUCCCCCAAUUCCUUUUACUUCCUCCACUAUUCCUCAAUCCCCCAGUUCCACUUUCGUUUCUCUCUACCCCUCCGGCGAUGACGUUUGGGGAAUUAUACGGCGAGUACGGCGGAACCCGGCGGACCACGGCGGCGGCGGCGCUGGAGAGCUAUCCUUCCAGCUGUGCAGAAGAAUCCAGGCUGGUCAACGACGAUGAAGCCAAUUACUCAUCGGGAGCUUCCACCCCUCCUCUGUGGCGAACCGCCGACUGCCCUGCCUCGCCGGCGCCGGCGAGGCAGGGGUCGGGCAAUGAGAACCAUUACCAGAGCCUCUCCCCUGCUUCAAGAGCUCAAGCAAUCGCCAGAGGACAGAGGGAGCUGAUGGAGAUGGUCAAUCGAAUGCCCGAAGGCUGCUACGAGCUUUCCCUGAAGGAUCUCGUGGAGCACCAGCUACAAAUCGGAAUCGAUCCUGAUCAGCAGGAAGAGAGAAAUUCGAAUUCGAUCAACGACGGGGGAGAGAUUGAUCGGAAGGUGAAAUUGGGGAAGAAGAAGAAGAGCGAUGUCGGCGAGAAGGGUUAUAAUCCGGCAGCGGCGAAGAUGACCAGAAGUGGGAGCCUGGACAACGGUGGGUUUCUGCUGAAAAUGGGUUAUCCGGUGUAUUCUCUGAGAUCGAGGAGCAAGAAGAAGAAGAAGCAGAGGAAGCAGGGGAAGGACGGAUCGGGGGCUUCGGUCUCGGGCGGGAGCCCGAAGGACGGAAGGGUUUCGCCGAGGCCUCUGUUGGUGAAUGGAUCUUCAGCUCCGGCGACGGCUGGCAAAGGCGGCGGCGCGGAGAGGCACUGGUGGAAAGGUUGUUCUGUGGUGGAGGCGGAGGCAGGGGAGAGCUGCGAAAGCGCGGCAGAAUUCAGCAGCAGCAGUAAUAGCAACAACAGCCGGAGCUCCAAAAGCAGCCGCGGUAGCAACGGCAGUAGAGGCGGCAAUGGCAGAAGAAAUGGCAGCAGGCGGAGAAGUGGUCUUUGCUGCCUGUUCGUUUUCUCUAGCAAGGGCAAAGUAGCAGAUUGAGAAUAAAUGGACAGUAACGGUAAAAAAACCAAGCAGCUGUACAUUUUUGAGAGGGUUGGCUCAUCUCUUACAAUAAUAUAUAUUUAUUUGGAUCAAACUCGUAUGCUUCAGAAGCAUAGUAUGCUACAGAUACUUGUAGUGAGACAUAUACGGUAGAAAUGAUAAUGUACACAAAGGAACAAACCUUCUUUUUUUACGGUGUUAUUGGUAGGAUGUUUGUAAAUCCCAUUUAAUUUCAUGUUUUUGUUUCUUUUUGGCAAUUUCUUUUAUGGUUAGAUACUGAUGGUCGAAUCAAAAGCUGUAGUUGAUUUGAAUUAUAUGUUGGUUGGUUUAAAGUUCCAAUUGGUGACGAGGUUGGUAUUGUAAACAAACAUUGAGACAGGGUUCCUCUCCAUGUAAAUUACGAGUAGUUAUCCUAAAUGGUC